CCUUAACCAAACUCAUGCUGUAACUAUGCCACUGUCAAUUGCUGCUGUUUCCUAAAUUGACUUCAUUCUAGUACCAAAAUUGUGGCAUAGAUUCACAUGGAGCCUAAUGACGAAAUGGCAAGUUAAUUCCCUUAAGAGUUUUUGAGUCUCAGAAACUGAAGGUUAAAUUCGUUAUUAUUGUGAUGGAAUUGAAGGUCACCGGGGAACUCAGUGCCUUGUCAUGUUUUUCUUGUUGUUUUACGCUUUUGGUAAUUGAGCGAGCAUCCGGAACUAGUCUCAAAAAGAGAGUAUACAAAUGGGAAGGCGGAAAUUCGAUAUCAGAAUGGAACCGUGAUAUUUAAGGAGAAAUAUACUUUUAUUGAAUGUAAAGACCUUUCUCCUUGAUCCGAAAAACCAAGAAAUGCACCCCUACCUUCGUCACUUCAAGCUAGGUUUCUUAUAACAAAAAGGCCGUAAACCUUUUAGGUUUCGUUAAUAAUGGUUAUUAGUAUUGACGCACUAAAAAUGGAUGCGGCUCUUGAAGGAUAAAAGCUAUACUGGUUCUAAUACUGCUGCGGUAAGUGCAUGGCAUAUUUUCCUUGGCUAAAUCAUGGAGCUUUGGAUCGUAUAAUUUGCCCACUUGUCUUUACAAUGGCUAGCUCUCAAGACGUUCCUGGUUAUGUAUAUAUUUGCACCGCCAUUUCUGUCGUACUCAGUAGAAGUCUCAAAUUUUAGACAAUGCGUUUUUGUCUUUCUUUCAGAAAGUGACUGCCUCUCAUUCGCCUCUGGUUCUUUUGAUCAACUGUUAGUUUUGUGCUACCUUCUUCACUUUCGGACAUAAUUAAUUGUGGAUUUCGGAUUUAUUAUAUGGGUCUUUUACAAUCAAACUUUUUAUCCUAAAUUUCUCGUUUACUCCUGUGACUUCUUGAUUAUGCUACUUUACUGAAUUUCGCCGUGCACCAGUACCACUUGUGAAUGGGCUUCAAGUUCGUUUGUCGGGUUCGUUUCAAUAUGGCUUACUUGGGGACAACAAAGAGAAGUACUUUUCAGAUUGGGAGUCAUUCGCAUAUGUACACAUUAUCUGUGUACGUUAUAUGUUCGGCUUUACCGAGAAGACGUGCUAAGUAGGUACUGACGAGAAUUGGUACCCACUUUACAACUCGAAUUCCUUCCCAUUUCUCUUCUCUGGAACACGCAUAUGACGCAAAUCAGACCAUCUUUUAUUGUUUACACAUUGCAUUCUUACUAUUAACACGAAAUUUAACCAAGGAUUAUGAAUCAGGAAAAUGUUGAUGUCAGAAUGGCUUUUAAAUUGUUAAUGCUCUUUCUUGAAUCUAUAAACUGUCUCUGCUGUAUAUUUUAACAUAACUUCUCUUUCCUCUGUUUGAGGGAAUUAAGGUUUGUUUACAAGUUGAAUGUAAACAAACUUUCAAAAGGUAUAAAUUGGGCUUCCCCUGCUUUUCACUCUUACCAUCUGCACUUUGAUUGCGAUCCCCUGUACUGCAUUCUAUUGUUCUUCCUGAUUGUCCUACUUCUCAGAAAGAAUAACGACUGCUACUACUGCGAUUCAACAAGAGUUACUUGAAUAAACUUUGGACGGCAUUCACCCUUUCAAUCUUAUUCGUUCUUGUUACUGCAAUGGAUUUCUUUGAAUACGAUAGCGAUACGAAGACUCGUAUUAAUUUCUGGUUCAUCCAAGCCAAGGCCGUGGCCGACGAGAUUGUCCAGAAAUGCGAUGAUGCUUCUGUUCUCGCUCUUGUUCAAUCCCUUUAUAUCUAUAUGGAACACGCUUGCACCACUCUUCUGGAUAACGCCGAAGAAUUGUCUGCAACCAUUAAGGGUCUUCAACUCAGGAUUGUUGAGCUUGAAGCCGCUUUGAGAGCCCACACUUGUUACAAAGGUGAUGACUUUGAGACUGAAUUCAAUCGUCGUUACAAUGUUUGUACUGAGUACUCUUAUGGCGAUAAGCAAUUCAUCAUUCUCGAGAAGAAACCUGUUCCUGAAACUUCACCAUUUGAGACUCAGGAGCCCGUUACUCCUGAACUCGAAACUGUCUCGACUUCGGGUGCAAGCUCUGCUACUUUGAAGUCCCCUGCAGUCGACUUGCCCGAUAUGUUUGGUGAUGAGAACGCCGAACCGAAGCAAGCCAACACUUAUGCCCAAUUUGAGGACAUGCAGCAAGAAUACACUGAUGGAUUUGAUCAGGAUUAUUACGAAGGCCAACAAAGCGGUUUCUGCGAUGAUAAUUUCGAUUCUGAGUAUUAUGAUGAAAACGAAAACAAUUACACUGGAUCAUAUCCAGGCGCUUUCAUCAUCGAACUUGAGGAUAACUUUGAUGAGAAUGCCUACCCUGACUUAUUUGAACGUACUAUCUGUGAAGCGAAAGAAACGCCAUUGCUGACUUAUGGUAAUGGAUUAAUUGCGACUUCGUACAACGCUCUGUCGCUUUACUCUCCUUUGGAUUUCUCAACAUUAUAUGAAGCUUCUUCUUCUAAGGCUGUUUCCAGUGCUACUAUCUGUGAAGCUACAUUGGAUCAAUUGACUGGAAAUUUAGAGAAUAACAACCAUCCUCAAGAUCUCGACGCUCCUACUCAACCUAACCAGACAAACUUUUCUUCAACGCCUGCUAUUACUGCAACUACGCAUUACAAGGGUUUGGAUGCUCCAAUAAUCUCUCGUAAACCGUCUCGUGCGAAUUGGACAAAUGUUUAUUGGGAGCCAAUUGUUGAGGAUAGCGGAGAAAAGCUAAACUAUCUCGAAAGAAAAGAGCUUGAACGCCAAGCUGAAAAGGCCAGAAAGGCAAAAAUGACGCCUGCCCAAAGAAGAAGAGCUAGACGCUAUCGCAAGACGAAACCGAUUCUCGAUUUGUUUAUAAAACAAGAUGAAGCUUUGGACGACAUUAUAACUUCUAACAGAUGGUUUACUCAACCCAAUCGGGCGUUCUUUUUCUUUAUGAAAGUUUGCGAAACUGAUUUUGCUUCUUUACCUCGUGUUGCACAAAACUUGAAGUAUUGCUUAUUGUUGGCUCAACUUGAAUGUUCCUUAGUUCCGGUACGUUUCGAGCCUGAGGUGAUUGAUAGCUCAGUUGCGCUUCUAAACCAUACUUAUUUACGUGAUUACUGUUUCACCAUAACGCUGGAACAUGUGAAGAACAAACUUCCUUCAGAUGUUCGUAAGGAGUUAUCUCCUAAAGUCGAAGAACUACCUAAGAAGGUCGUCAAAAGAGUUAGUUUUGCUUGUGAUACACCUAAGGCAACUAACUCUUUUAACUCGGAAUCUCAACCGGAUCUAUCCUCGCUCUCAACUAUGCAAGAAAUGGAUGUUCCACUAAAAGAAUCACAUUCAGCGGACGAAUCCUCAAAUAUGAGACUUCAAAUGAACGCUCUUCCUGCUUCUUCGGAAACAUUUGAUAAUGUCACCACUAAGGCGACUGAAGCAAUUGAAUCUGAACAGCACGAUGCCGAGGUUGGAACUGCUGUAAGCAACCUUCCUGGAAAUCGGUCGAUUUCCGCUGCACUCUUCGUUCGUUCAAAGAAGAGAACAGCUGGCAAGAAGUCACAGAGGAGAAAAAACGCAAGAGAAUCUCUGAACACACUCUCGAAGUCGAACAGCCAAAAGUCCUCAAACCAAGGUACACUUGAUCCUGCAAAGCUGCUCGUAAUAAUGGAGCUUUCUGCAUCGGAAAAGAAGUGCAACAAGAAACGCAAGAAUACUAGGGCUACUGGCAUUACUGAAAGCACCAACAUUCUCCAAGAGAACUCUGAACAAGUUGAGAAAUUGUCUUCCGAAGAGUCUGAACCUACAGUGAAGCGCGCCACUGUGGAUGAUGCUCCAAAGGAGGGAAUUCCUCAUCAAAUUCAGAAGUCUGAAACGGAGUCAACAAACAUUGCUUCCGAAUCUGCAAAUACUCCAGCACUUAAACACUCCUGGUUCCAAGGUAAGCCUGUUGGAGUGGCCAACUUUACCUGUGCAUUUUCUAAAGAUGAUCUUGUGCCCGCAACUUCACCUAUGGAGGCGGACGAUCCAGCUUUACUGGCACUGAAAGCUGAAAAAGAAGCCAUCUUGUUGGCAGAAAAGGAAGCAGAAAAGGAAGCAGAAAAGGAAGCAGCAAAGAAACUCGUCGUUGAACUCACUGAUGCCGAAACUAACGACAAAACAACUCAUCUCGCUGAGAUUCCAGAAACUGCUCCUUCAGAAACCGUUUACGACAAUGCCACUGAUACUCCCGUUUCAAAUCUGCUACCAUCCUCCUUCAAUGCAACAUCAGAGGAGAAGCCAAAGAACGAAACCGCUGAGGUUGAAAAACCUGCAACUGGUUUGGAUGCAUUGAAAGGUGAGCCAGCUGAUCAACGUCCUGCACAGAAAUCUAUUACGGAAAGCAGGACCUCGUGGGCUUUCGAUGAGGCAUACUCCAACGAUACCAGGAAUGAGGGUUUCCUCGGCGCCAAUACCUCCGUUUGGGCAACAAAGGCUUCGUCUAUUUCCACUUUAGGAGCACAGAAGAAGAAUGUCGGCUCUAAGCGUUCUCAGGCAAACCGGUCGAAGAAGUCAAAGGGUCGUACUUCAACGGGGAAGAAGUCCGGUCCUAAGAUGAAUUCAAAGGCUCGUGCCAAGUAUAACCUUAGCAAGCCGAUCAUGAGGGUCAACAAAGCAUUGGCUUCUCUCGCUGAAACUGGCUACAAAGAACAGCAUGCGAAAGAACUUCGUGCAAGCUUCAACAGCUUCUGUUCUCUAUUGGAUGAGAUAUCUACCGCAUACCCUCGUGACAAUUUUUGGGAGUCGAUUGAUCUGUAUCGGUAUUUUCUCAGCAACGAUAUCGCCAAGGACUUUGUUCCCACUCGAAGGCAUAUCAUCACCAGAGCUGUGGAUGCAUUUGGCACACAGUUCUACAACAUGUGCAUCACUCUCAAAAACAACUUUGGUCAAUUUUUUUAGGACAGCUGUAUUCUACGCUAAUGAAUGAAAUAAUGUAAAAACAAAAGAUA